UCAUAGCCUAGAUAUGCGAGUCUUUGCUGAAUUGCACUGUUCUGGAAACGCGCAUGUUUCUGGUGAUCCGGAAGAUUUUGAGAACGAUUUUUGACAUGCAGACAACACGUAUUCGAGCCGAAAAAAAAAAAGAAAGAAAGGAAGAGAUGCAAUUUUCGAAAUCAUGCAAUCCGCAAACAGCUCAACCGGAAAGCAGGGGUUUUCAGGAGCGUGGGCCAUCGUCUGAUGGGUUAAAUUUCUGCCCUUCGCUAGACAUUUCUUUCGCAGCCGGGGCCACGCGCGAUCAUUGCCCAUCUAGGCGUGGGCUCGUAUAACGCGCUUCCACAGGCUUUUCAACAUCCACUACCAUCACCAAUGUCCGUCUUCACUGCGUCCACCACGGCGCCCGUCAAUAUUGCUACCCUCAAGUACUGGGGCAAGAGAGACAAAACACUCAAUCUCCCAACAAACUCUUCGAUUUCCGUGACCUUGGCCCAGGAAGACUUGAGAACACUCACGUCUGUCGCCACUAGCUCGAGCUUCACCAAGGACAACUUGUGGCUCAAUGGGAAGGAGGAAGGAAUCAAGGGCGACAGAACAGUAGCCUGCUUGAAAGACUUGCGCAAGUUGAGAAAGAAGAUGGAAGCCGCGGACGGCUCGUUGCCCAAGUUCUCCGAGUGGGGCUUGCACAUUGUUUCGGAAAACAACUUUCCAACGGCAGCGGGCUUGGCCUCGUCGGCCGCAGGAUUCGCUGCUUUAGUCGUGGCCAUUGCCAAGUUGUAUGAGCUUCCGCAACUGAUGUCGGAAAUCUCCAAGAUCGCCAGGAAGGGGUCCGGCUCCGCAUGCCGCUCCUUGUUUGGAGGAUACGUGGCGUGGGAAAUGGGCGAAUCUGCCGAUGGCGAGGACUCGAAGGCCGUUGAAGUUGCGCCCUUGGAGCACUGGCCCUCGAUGAAAGCGGCCAUUUUGGUUGUUUCGGAUGACAAGAAGGACACGCCCUCGACCACCGGCAUGCAAACCACCGUGGCCACCUCCGACUUGUUCCAGUGGAGAAUAAAGGAGGUCGUGCCCAAACGAUUCAAACAGAUGAAGCAGUCGAUCAUCGAGCGUGACUUCCAGACCUUUGGCGACUUGACCAUGAAAGACUCCAACUCGUUCCAUGCGGUGUGCUUGGACUCGAGUCCGCCAAUCUUCUAUUUGAACGACACCUCGAAGAAGAUCAUCAAGUUGGUGCACUUGUUGAAUGAGCAGGAGGGUAAGAUCAUCGCAGCCUACACUUUCGACGCUGGUCCAAAUGCUGUCAUCUACUAUGAGCAGCAGAACGAGAAGAAAGUAUUGGGUUUGAUCCACAAGUAUUUCCACCAGGUCUCGGGCUGGGAGAAGGUCGCGGCCGAUGUCGCCAGUUUUGAGGACUCGUCCAUCCAGUUUGACACGGAAGCGUACAAGGGUGUGAGCAAAAUCAUCUUGACCAAAAUUGGCCUGGGCCCACAGGAGACCUCCCAGUCGUUGGUCAACGAACAAGGUUUGCCAAAAUAGGGUACAUUAGUGAAUAGACCCAUGUAGCCCGAAACGGAAGUUCGCGCACCUGUUUCGGUGAUGCGAAUAACUUGGCUCGCGUGAACCCAGACUUCUCCAUGACAACAGAUGAUCGGGCUUCGUGUCAUCAGCCAUAGGCCUGCUAGGUUACAAUGCUCCAAAUUUCUGCCCCUCCUAUGCUUGCGCAGGCUGAUCACGCCUAGGGCGUCGUUCAGCACAUCUGCGUGCCGCUUUGAACAGAUCAAAAAGCCAAGCCUUAAGAAAAGAACAGACUCAUCAGUAGAAUUCAAACGCUCGCAUGGGCCCACCAAACCGGCCCCCAAUCCAAAGCUUGACAUAUCGGCAGAAAUAUACACUAUUCCAAAUAUGCUCACGAUCUCGAGAAUCGCGACGACGCCUUUCAUCGGAUACUUCUUGGCCACGGGCCAGUCCUUCCCUGCGAUAGCUAUCUUCACCUACUCAUGUGUGACAGACUUUGCAGA